CGACCGCAGAUUCGGCACGGGAGGGGCCGCGCAGCGGGGCGCCGAGGGCCGGAGUCGCGGCGGGAACGGGGUGGGGCGUGAGCCCCCUACAGCUGCUGCCGCUCUGCUGUGCGCCCCGCGUCCGGCGGCGGGAGAGCCGGAUCCGCCGUGAGGAAUCGGCCGCGCGCCGCUCUCUCGCUGAGAGAAAGAUGGCGUCGGUGUGGGAUGAGUCGGAGGAUGGCGUUGGCGAGGAGGUGCUGAAGAUGUCUACGGAGGAGAUCGUGCAGCGCACCCGCCUGCUCGACAGCGAGAUCAAGAUCAUGAAGAGCGAAGUGCUGAGAGUGACCCACGAGCUUCAGGCCAUGAAAGAUAAGAUCAAAGAGAACAGUGAGAAGAUCAAAGUGAACAAAACUCUGCCAUAUCUUGUCUCAAAUGUUAUUGAGCUAUUGGAUGUCGACCCCAACGACCAGGAGGAGGAUGGAGCGAAUAUUGACCUGGAUUCCCAGAGAAAGGGCAAGUGUGCUGUCAUCAAGACCUCUACACGCCAGACGUAUUUCCUGCCUGUUAUCGGGUUGGUUGACGCUGAGAAGUUGAAGCCUGGAGAUCUAGUGGGUGUAAACAAGGACUCUUACUUGAUCUUGGAGACUCUGCCAACUGAAUAUGAUUCACGGGUGAAAGCCAUGGAAGUGGAUGAGAGACCCACAGAGCAGUACAGUGACAUCGGGGGGCUUGAUAAACAAAUCCAAGAGCUUGUGGAGGCCAUCGUCCUGCCCAUGAAUCAUAAGGAGAAAUUUGAAAACUUGGGUAUACAGCCUCCUAAAGGAGUCCUUAUGUAUGGGCCUCCAGGAACAGGGAAGACGCUUCUAGCUCGAGCAUGUGCUGCCCAGACCAAGGCUACAUUCCUGAAACUUGCAGGGCCGCAACUUGUGCAGAUGUUCAUCGGUGAUGGAGCCAAGCUGGUACGAGAUGCUUUUGCUCUAGCCAAGGAAAAAGCUCCUUCCAUCAUCUUUAUUGAUGAACUGGAUGCCAUUGGCACUAAAAGGUUUGAUAGUGAAAAGGCUGGUGAUCGGGAAGUGCAGAGGACCAUGCUGGAGCUGCUUAAUCAACUUGAUGGUUUCCAGCCCAAUACACAAGUCAAGGUGAUUGCUGCAACCAACCGCGUUGAUAUCUUGGACCCCGCUUUGCUCCGCUCUGGACGAUUGGAUCGCAAGAUUGAGUUCCCAAUGCCUAACGAGGAGGCCAGAGCCAGAAUCAUGCAGAUCCAUUCACGCAAAAUGAAUGUCAGCCCUGAUGUAAACUACGAGGAACUGGCUCGUUGCACAGAUGAUUUCAAUGGUGCCCAGUGCAAAGCUGUAUGCGUUGAAGCGGGGAUGAUUGCCCUCCGCCGUGGAGCAACAGAGCUCACCCAUGAGGAUUACAUGGAAGGAAUCUUAGAAGUUCAAGCAAAGAAAAAAGCCAACCUGCAGUACUAUGCCUGAUCUCUGCCCAGGCAAGGCAGCGGCCAUGGCAGAGGACAGGACUAGUCCGGACUGUACCACUUACUUUCUGUCUGGAAAAAAUAAAGCAUUUUUUUGCUCUAAAAUGGUAAUGUGUUGGGGCUGCUGCUCUCGUCCAGUGGUUCUACAUCUACAGCA